AUAAAAAAUAUAAUUAUUUUGGUGCCUCUUUUAAAAACAAACAUUGGGUAUUAAUUUUUGGUCAACGUCAUGCUAAAGAAGACAUUAAUAUUAAUCUUUUAUUAAAAUAUACUAAUGAAGAACGAAUAAAACUUGGCCUUAAAAAACUUAAAAAAAUUUAUGAUCAUAUUGAUGACGCGCGUAAAAAAAUUCCUGGUAUAUAUUGGGUAGAAAAUCUUGGUCAUUCUUUUAAAAAUGAAAAAGAAGCCAUUCAAGGUUGGAUGACAUCAGAAGGACAUAAAAGACAAAUUAUUAGUGAAGAUUAUAUUUAUUUUGGUGCCGCAUUCAAAAAUGAUAUUUGGCAUAUUUGA